UUGUCUUUGUUAUUUCAUCAAAGAAGUUUGAAUAAAAACCUAAAGGCCCAGCUGAAAGCCCGAUAACAAAAAUGCAGAAGCGAGGGACUAAGAGAAAGCAAGGCGAGAUCGCCGUCCGGCCAUCACCGCCGGCGAUCAAAACCAAAGACCCAUAUCCAGAACACCCACGGCCCAGUCCAGAAGAAUGCCGGGCCGUGAGAGACGACCUCCUAACUCUCCACGGCUUCCCUCAAGAGUUCGUUAAGUACCAGCGAAAUCAAACUCCGGCGGAGCCUGAGGCAUUUAACGGCGAGAGCUCCGACGAAGAAAAGGAAAGUGUGUUGGAUGGGUUGGUGAGCACUAUACUUUCCCAGAACACAACUGAUGUUAACUCUAGAAAGGCCUUUGCUUCUCUCAAAUCUUUGUAUCCCACUUGGCAAAGUGUUGCUGAUGCUGAGGCGAAGCAUAUAGAAAAUGCUAUAAGAUGUGGUGGAUUAGCUCCUACAAAAGCAGCAUGCAUCAAGAAUCUUUUGAAUUGUUUACUUGAGAAAAAAGGAAAGUUAUGCUUGGAGUACUUGAGAGACUUGUCAAUUGAUGAAAUUAAGGAGGAGCUCUCUCAAUUUAAAGGAAUUGGACCGAAAACGGUGGCAUGUGUUUUGAUGUUUAACCUUCAGCGAGAUGAUUUCCCAGUUGACACACAUGUUUUACAGAUUGCUAAGGCUAUUGGUUGGGUACCAGCAGUGGCUGAUACAAAAAAGACAUAUCUUCAUCUUAAUCAGCGGAUUCCAGAUGAAUUAAAAUUUGAUUUAAACUGUCUCUUGUUCACCCAUGGUAAGAUCUGUAAAAAAUGCACCAGUAAACGGUGUAAUCAAGAGGAGAGUGAAUCUGACUCAUGCCCAUUACUGAAUUAUAUAUAAAUUGACUAUUUGAAGCAUGAUAUUCUCAAAUGUUGACUGGAUUACUAACAGAAAAUUGGUGCUGUUUAUAGUUGUGUAUGUCAUAGAUUAAAUUUUAAGCAAAAUAAUACUGGAAGUUCAAAUGAACUCGACAUAUUGCUGAAUCAAUGUCAGACUAUCAUUUACUCCUUGUCA